AAAAUUUCUGUAUACUCAACGAUGCACCUCUUUAAUAGUAUGUGCACGACCCCUUGAUCUUACAGUUUCAGAUUUCUAUCCGCAGUUAGCAGCAUUGCUUACUCUCCUUUUCAUCAUCAUAAUAAACUUAGCAGUGGGAAUUCUACCACACGUGGACAACUUUGCUCAUAUUGGCGGAUUUGUCUCCGGAUUUCUUCUUGGAUUUUUUAUUUUUUAUUUUUGAUCCGCCCCCAGUUUAAAUGGCUUACCCAACGGAAUGCUCCCCCUGGAUGUGUUACUACUCCAGUUAAAUUGAAACACAAGACGUAUCAAUAUGUCUCAUGGGUCCUCUCUUUGAUACUAUUAAUUGUUGGGUAUACUCUUGACCUGGUUACUCUUUUUUGAGGGGUCAAUCUAAACAGUCAGUGUUCUUGGUGUCAUUAUUUGAGCAGUGUCCCUACGUCAAAAUGGAAUUGUAAGUCACAAAAUAUUUAUUGUUUGGCUUUGAGAAAUAUCAAGCAUUGAAAUCUCGUCAAGAUUAUAACUGCAUGUUCAAGUUUUGAUUCUCUUGGUAACGAUUUCAAGGCUUUGGUGUAUGAGUACAUGGAAAAAGGAAGCUUAGAGAAGUGGCUGCAACCACCGACUGAUAUUGAGGAAGCAAGAGAGGCACCCAAGAGUUUAAAUCUUUUGCAAAGGCUCAGCAUUUCCAUAGAUGUUGCUUGUGCUCUCGAUUAGUCGAUUAUCUUCAUAAUCACUCCGAAACACCGACAGUUCAUUGUGAUCUGAAACCAAGUGCUGUUCUUUUGGACAACAUGUCGACUGGACAUGUUUCUGACUUUGACUAGCAAGGUUCUCACAACUGACCAGUAUAAAAGCUUCAACAAAUCAGACAAGUUCCGCUGGAAUAACAGGAACGAUUGGUUAUGUGGUUUUAGAGUAUGGUAUGGGAAGUGAGGCGGUAAUAACUAACUGGAUAUGUCUACAGUUUUGAAAUUCUCUUGCAGGAGAUGUUUACAAGGAAGAGACCCACUGACAACGUGUUUAAUGGGGACUUAGACCUUCAUGUUACAAUUUUCAAUCAGUGCACUCGAGUCUUGAGUCCCCAUGAAGUUUAAAAAUUAAGAAAGCUUGAUCUCACUAGUAACUGUUACAAUUUUUAGAAAGGUUGCAUCCACAACAAGCUUUCUUGCAGUGGUACUUUAGGGGAACUAUGAGAAAAUCAGCAAUCUCACAGUCCAGCCCCCCAAAAAUGUAGACUUCAAAAUUUCCAUUCAUAGCUAGGGUCGCCUAGCAAGAUAACUUUCAUAUUGACAUCAACGUGACGUAUGAUAUAGCCAAAAUAUAGUAUUCCAUGUAUUUGUUUUUUUCAUUUUGGAUGGUUGCCAAAAGUCUUGGUCCUUGGCGUACCGAAAGUGCCUGACAAUGGGUCCCAGUAGUGGAAGUAAGCUAGUGAAGUCAUCUUAAAAAACUAGCCGAAGUUGUUAUCAUUUACUUGGACUUAUUCCUUUUCAUAUUUGAAUAUCAAGAACCAGAAACUGUGGUGUAAGUUCCUCGUAUGGUCCUAUCCUUCUAUAAAUUUCCUUGUCAAGCAACAAAUGGAACUCACCAAAUUCACAACUCAACACCCAUCUCUCUAUUUCUGUCUGCUUCUCUCUCUACUUAUAUAGUUAACCAGAUCAGGAAUGGGGGUUUUGGUUUUCAAAUUGAUCUUAAUAUACUUGCUUUUCAGUGCAGUGUUCGUUUGCUGUAGGAGCUCCCUGCAAUCGGGACUCCGAGAGAAUGCGACGGAUAGGCUGGCGCUGCUUGCCAUCAAAGCUCAAAUAAAGCAAGAUCUCCAUAAUUACAACGUGAUGAGCUCCUGGAACGAAUCCACGCACUUUUGGAUGUGGCAUGGUGUCACGUGCAGUCGACGACAUCGCCAAAGGGUCACUAAGCUGGACCUGCAAUCUCAAAAUCUGGUAGGGAAACUAUCCCCAAACAUAGGAAAUCUAAGUUUUCUAAGGGAGCUGUGGCUGCAAAGCAACAGCUUCAGUCAUGAUAUUCCUCCACAAAUUGGGAAUUUGCGUAGAUUGCGGGUAUUGCAAUUAGGCGCUAACUCGUUUAGUGGCAGUAUUCCACACAAUAUAUCAUAUUGCUUUGACCUUAUCCAUGUGAAUUUCUCUGGCAACAAGUUGGUGGGUAAAAUUCCUUCAGAAAUUGGAUUGCUGUCGAAACUGCAAAUUUUUUUAUCAUACAAUAAUAAUGUAACGGGACAGGUCCCUCCUUCCUUGGGGAACCUGUCGUCUCUCCAGGUACUAAGUCUUAAUGGUAAUAACUUGAUGGGAGACAUCCCCAGUUCUCUUGGCCAAUUGAAAAAAUUAACCUUCUUGGGAUUGGGGUUAAAUCAGUUGUCGGGUAGCAUCCCUUCCUCCGUUUAUAACCUCUCUUUGCUUGAUAUAUUUUUCGUGUCAAAUAACCAAAUUCAAGGGAGUAUUCCAUCAGAUAUUAGCAAAAGUCUUCCUAAUCUCGGAGUCUUCAGCGUCGCCUCAAACCAACUUACUGGGUCCAUUCCUCCCUCAAUAUCCAAUGUCACAAGUUUUAUUUCAUUUCAAGUUGGGGGUAACAACCUAAUCGGACAGGUACCGAAUCUCCAAAAGCUUCGCAACCUCCUGUAUUUCAGCAUUCAACUUAAUAAUCUUGGAAGCGGUAGAGAUGGCGACUUAAGUUUUCUCUCGGACUUGACCAAUGCCACCCAGUUACAAAGGUUGAUUAUUAGCAACAACAAUUUGGGAGGGACAUUGCCCAUGUCAAUAUCCAAUCUCUCAACCAAACUUGAAAUGUUUUGGGUUCAAAAUAACCAAAUAUAUGGAAGCAUCCCAUCUGGGAUAGGGAAUCUGGUGAGCUUGGAAUUGUUGUGCUUGGGAAAUAAUAGCUUCACAGGUAACAUCCCCUCUGACAUGGGUAAGCUUUCAAACCUUGGAGCAUUAGAAAUUUUCAUGAACAAAUUAUCAGGAAAUAUUCCGUCUUCCUUAAGAAAUUUAACCAAGUUAUUCCAUCUUAUGUUGCAUGGAAAUUAUCUUGAGGGCAGCAUUCCUUCAGGUCUGGGGGAAUGCCAUGGGUUGCAAUUGUUGUAUCUUUCUGAUAACCGUCUUAAUGGCACAAUACCCAAACAAGUUUUUAGACUCCCCUCCUUAUCGAUUUCUUUGGACUUGUCUAAUAACCUCUUCACAGGUUCCCUUCCCCCGGAGGUUGGGAAUUUCCGUAGUCUAAGUGAACUGUAUCUUUCUAAUAACAUGUUUUCUGGAGAACUCCCCAGUAGCCUUGGUGGUUGUGAGAGUUUAGAAGUCCUGCAUUUGCAAGGAAACUUCUUCAACGGGUCCAUUCCUUUGUCUUUGAGUUCAGUGAGAGGGGUUCGAGAUCUAGACCUUUCUCGCAAUAAUUUUUCAGGUGAAAUUCCACAUUUUUUGGAAGGCUUUAGAAUCCUGAAUAAUCUGAACUUAUCAUUCAAUCAAUUUUGGGGAGUGGUACCAACUGGAGGUGUUUUCAAAAAUGCUAGUGCUAUUUCAGUUGUUGGCAACAUUAAUCUGUGUAGCCCUGUUGCUAAUUUAAAGCUUCGCAAGUGCAAGUCUAAAGAGACCAAGAAACGAAGAUUGUCUCCUAGCUUGAAACUAAUACUCCCUUUAGUAUUUGGGCUUACUCUUCUAGGAAUGGCCAUGGUGUUCUCCUAUUUCUUUCUUUGCUCGUCAAGGAAGAAAAGGAAAGAAAUUUCAUUGAGCACUUUGGGGAACACUAUUUUGCAAGUGUCAUAUGCUGCUCUACUCAAAGCUACUGACGGGUUCUCAGAGGCUAAUUUAAUUGGUGCUGGUAGUUUUGGGUAUGUGUACAAAGGAGUUCUUCAUGACGAUGAUAAAGCUCAACUUGUUGCCGUAAAGGUGUUUAACUUGUUACGCCAUGGAGCUUCGAGGAGUUUCAUAGCCGAAUGUGAAGCUUUGAGAAAUAUUAGGCACCGAAAUCUCGUCAAGAUUAUGACCGUGUGUUCAAGUGUUGAUUUUCAUGGUCAUGAUUUCAAGGCUCUAGUUUAUGAGUUCAUGGACAAUGGGAGCUUAGAGGAGUGGCUGCAUCCACCUACUGGAACUGAAGAGUUAAGAGAUCAUGUACCCAAGAAGUUAAGUCUUCUUCAGAGGCUAGAAAUUGCCAUUGGUGUUGCUUGUGCACUGGAUUAUCUUCAUAAUCAUUGUGAAACGCCAAUAGUUCAUUGUGAUCUCAAGCCAAGCAACGUUCUCUUGGACAAGGAAUUGACUGGCCAUGUUUCUGACUUUGGAUUAGCAAGGUUUCUCUCACAAGUAACGAGUAAUGUUUCAACAAUUCAGAAUCAAACAAGUUCCGUUGGAAUAAGAGGAACGGUUGGUUAUGCAGCUCCAGAGUAUGGCAUAGGGAGUGAGGUGUCAACGAAUGGUGAUGUCUACAGCUUUGGCAUUCUCUUGUUGGAGAUGUUUACAGGGAAGAGACCCACUGACAACAUGUUUGGUGAUAGCUUGAACCUUCAUAAUUUUGUCAAGAUGGCUCUCCCCGAGCGAGUUACUGAGAUUGCAGAAGCACCACUUCUUCAAGGAGACACGAACAAGAAUCUGAAUCAAUGCAGUGCGAGAAUUCAUAGAGUUGAGGUGUGCUUGAAUUCAAUAUUUAGAAUUGGAAUUGCUUGUUCUGCUGAAUCUGCAACAGAUCGACUAAAGAAUAUCAAUGAUGCUGCAUCUGAGCUUCAUUCCAUUAGGAAUACUUUUCUUGGAUAGAAACUCUUUUUUAUGUGCUUUUGUGAUAGAGAAAUUUCGUGUGUUACCUGUGAAGUCUAGCUUUUAUGUUACCACAGUAGAUAUGGAAGUUUGCAACAUAAAUAAUCACCAAUGAGGUUCAUUGUGUGAAGAGUGUAUUACUACUUCUUGUACUUGGUAUUUUUGUGUAAUAUUCACAUAUAUUAAAAUCUAGUACGUAUCAUGAAAUUGUUGAAUA